AGACUAGGCUUUAGAGUACAUAGUCGCAUGCAUCAAGCUACGGGCAGAUGUAGUCUUGUGUAACCAGACCCUUUCUCGCCGCGUCAUACUUCUGGGCUGGCCUGCAAAAUGUGCAAUAGUAAAUGAGGCGUCACUCGGUAACGACAAUUUACGAAAGGAAUCCGGGUGAUGCUCUAAUACACUCGUAUACAUUGCACGACAAUCGCGUUUGGGUGGAGCCUGAAAGCGAAUGUCUUUCCAAUUGAAGACGUAUAGUAUAGGGCAAUUUCUUUUGUUGGUCACUGUCAGGUGCAACCUAUUGAUUGCGUCUUGGUUAGACGGAACGCGAUAUUCUACAUUGCGUAAUUAUACAUUUCUAUGAAUAUAUGGCGUCACAUGAUGAGCAGUGUAGAUACGCAAGUCUAACAUUUCCAUUACUUUGUCGCUGUUUGGUGUCAGUAGAUUCCUGUAUAUAUAGUCAAGAGGAUAAUAGACGCGCAGUGUUUCGGACUCAAGGAUGAGCUGGGUGCUAUUUCUUUCCUUUUUGGGAUUCACCAUCUGCACAGCGGCAGAGGUGCCAACGGCUCCCAAAGACGUGCGUGAGCCGGACAGUGACGGACAAGUAAGACAAAGAAACAGUGAACUGAACCUUUUGAGGAGUCUGGAUUAUUUCUAUCCUGACAAACCAGUGAACAAGUGGAAUAUUUCUCAGAUAAGUCAAUCAAGGCAACUCAACACUCCAACUCCAGCAGCACAGAUCAGAGCUGCAGUCUACGUGCGCUACGACGACCAAACGCCCGAAGAAGAACGCGAUCGUUUGCACCGUGUCUUGCUAUUCGGCGGAUGGGAAGCUUUCGAUCUACUGUCCAUCACACAACCGAGAGGUACGUGGAUCUACACUCCAAUCGUCAACUCUUGGUUUCGUCUUCCGCGUACACAACUUCAACCUCGAGACAGACUAGGGCAUUCCCUAACAACAAUCUGUGCUAACGAAGUCGUACUAUACGGAGGACACACGAACUCUUAUGUAUACGAUCGGAAAGACUGCGGCGACUGCAGUUCUAGAAACAGUAGUUGUCGGGACCCCUCGACGACACAAGAUCUGUGGAUAUUCGACGGAGUACAAGAAACGUGGGAGCAAAUAAAUGUGACAAAUGACUCUCCGCCUCGGCGUGCGUUUCAUUCGGCAGUCGCUUUCGGCUCCACUUCUAACAAUAGUUCUAGUGGGGCGUGUCGUUGUCAUCAAUCUCUUCUCAUUUUCGGCGGUGUAGGCGAGAGUGCUACGAAUUUAUCUGACAAGAGGCUGGACGACUUGUGGGAGCUGAAAUGUGUUGAUGGUGGAGACGGAAAUGGCACUUAUCAAUGGACACGUCACCAACGAAAGUUUCCGUGGCCAGCAAUGCGAUCUCUUCAUUUCAGUUUCGUCCGUGGCAACGAAAUGAUAAUGUAUGGCGGUGUAUUAGACGUUGCCAGCGUGAAAGCUGAGGCAGACAGGUUUUGGUCUCUUGACGUUAGGUCUAUGAAAUGGACCUGGAAAUCGUAUUGUCGCAGCCAGCAAGCAUCUUCCCUCAUAUAUAAUCUAUUGACGUCAUCUGCACAGUCGUCGUCGUUCGUUUUCGAGAAAGAUAAGAAUAGGAUUAUUCUCAUUCAAACUCGUUGCGUUUUCUCACUGUCUCUGACGGCUUCUCCUUUCUGGCAAAGACACGAUCUCUUCAACGUCGAUGCGGCGCCCGUUGAUAUGACAGACUUUACGGCCGUGUCUGUAAAUGGGAAAAUAAUUGUUUUCUCGGGAAUAGAAGCUCACAACAAUUAUCAAAACAUACGCGUUUGGGAGCUUGCGGAGAGCAACGGCGUAUGGGUAUGGCAACUUCGUCCUCUGCCGAGACGCGAUCCUCCCGUGCACCCGCUAGUUUCGUGGAACCUUGCAGGAAAUCAAAUCAUUUUUAGCGGAAGCACGUCACCCAGCUGGGCUGGAAAAUUCAAAAAAGUGUGGUCGCAAAUACGAGAUUCUUUUAUUAAUAACGAAAUUUCUGUAACUUUUUCGUAG